UGCUUCGAUUCGACCCCCUGCGCACGAUGGGAUGCACGAACGAAUCCGUCAAAUCAGGCAAUGGAGGGGUGGUUUGGUUUAAGCUUUCUCCUUCUCUUAGGGCUGGCCUUUUUGCAUAAGAUAUAAUGAGCAGAGAGACAGCGCUGACCUAAAAGGUCGCAUCCCCACAAAAUAAAGAGAGAGAGAGAGAGAGAGAGGGGUAAUCAAGAGCUCCAGUUCAGUAUUUUCCUCGUCCUCCUCUCCGGCUACAGAGGGAGCAGGAAUAUGGGGAGAGGGAAGAUCGUGAUCCGCAGGAUUGAUAACUCCGCAAGUCGGCAGGUGACCUUCUCGAAGAGGAGGAACGGGUUACUGAAGAAGGCCAAGGAGCUUGCCAUCCUUUGCGAUGCUGAGGUCGGUGUGGUGGUGUUCUCCGGCACCGGCCGACUCUAUGAUUACGCCAGCACCAGCAUGAAGUCUGUCAUAGAAAGGUAUACUAGGGCAAAGGCAGAGAACCAUCUGAUUGUGGACACAGCUUCAGAAAUAAAGUUUUGGCAAAGGGAGGCAACAAGCUUGAGGCAGCAAUUGCAUAAAUUGCAAGAAACUCAUAGGCAGUUGAUGGGAGAAGAAUUUUCUGGUCUAAGUGUCAAGGAUCUAGAAAAUCUAGAGAACCAACUGGAGAUGAGACUCCGUGGUGUUCGAAAGACGAAGGAACAACUUCUAAUUAAUGAAAUUCAAAAAUUGAAUCAGAAGGGGAGCCUUAUUCACCAAGAAAAUAUGGAGCUUUACUGGAAAAUAAACAUAAUGCAUCAAGAAAACAGAGAGUUACACAAGAAGGUUUAUGCACCAACGGAGGAAAAUGACCCUAAUAGAAAUUCAGUUAUCCCACAUGGUUUUCAUAUAACAAAGGAAGUAAAUGCACUCAUUCAUCUUGGACUACGCCAACAACAUCAGCAUGGAGAAGAGUUAAAACUUGGAGCUCCAAAACUAGGCAUAUUUCAAGUGAAAUAAGGAGAGAGAUAACAGAUCAAGAAUCAGCGUUCAUGGUCUUCAUCAUAUUAUCCCAAGGUUAUAACAGUGUUGUAAUUAUCCUAAGCUAUGGUGACAGCACCAUACUACUGCUGGUGUGAUACCAUACUCCUAAGUAUGAAUUAGAGCUGUAGUAGCAUUUUCCUCUUUUCAUCAUCCUAAUCACCAAUGAUUUCUCUUUAAUCAUGACGAAAUGCGACAAGUCUGUUCCCUUUAAACUCAAUCAAACUGCACUUGGCUUGAUCAGUCCUAGAGUCUAGAGAUCCUUCUGUUAAUCAAAACAGAUCAAACCAAACUGAUUUAACAUAUCAAAGGGAUCAGUUGAUCCAAUUGAAACUCUCAUAAGUUUCACCAAUUCCAGUAGAUGCUAGUGGGUUUCGAAUAUGAUUUGGUGGCAAAACUGUAAUAAGACUAGAAUAUGAAGUGAAUCAUGUCAGACUUUAAAUUUACAAACUUUGCUCUUGAUGUUUCAAGGCAGCACCUCUUUAUCUUCCAUUUAUAUUUCCUCUUUUUUUUU